UUGGACACCGUAAAUCAAUCGGAAAGUAUUACUUCGGAUCAUAAAAAUGGGGAAGAACAGAAUAGUGAGAAUAGUAAUCAUGAUAAUCAUCACCAUCAUAAUAAUAACAAUAAUGAGGUACAUGAUAAUAGCGAUGUUGUGAUAUCAUCCACUUCAGAAGGACCUUUUAUUUAUAACUGUCAUAUUACACGUUUAAUAGUAUCAAAGAUAAUUUUGGAACUCACAAUAACACGUCGUAGUGAUGGUAAAUUUGAUCCAUUUGCU